GGAAUCGGGAACGCGAUGGCGCGGGCGUUCGCGGCGGCGGGGUGCGCGGUCGUGGCCACGGCGCGGUCGCGCGCGUCCAUGCGCGGGCUCGAGGGGGACCCGCGGUACCUGCUGCUGGAGCUCGACGUGGGCUCCGACGAGAGCGCGCGCCGCGCCGUUGGGGACGCCCUGCGCGAGUUCGGCUGCGUCGACGUGCUCGUCAACAACGCUGGGGUUCACCUCGUCGCGCCGCUCGCCGAGGUGCCCAUGGACUCCUUCCAACAGGUGUUCGACACCAAUGUCUAUGGAGCAAUGAGGAUGAUUCAAGCUGUUAUUCCUCACAUGAUGGAAAGACGCAAAGGCACGAUUGUGAAUGUUGGAAGCAUUACUGCCUUGGCUCCCGGACCGUGGGCUGGCGCAUAUUCCGCAUCAAAAGCUGCUCUUCAUGCAUUGAGCGAUACACUAAGGGUGGAAUUAAGAAAUUUUGGCAUAAAUGUCAUGAUUGUUGCCCCAGGAGGCACUAAGUCAAAUAUAGGAAGUAACUCUGCAUACAAGUAUGAUCAAAUAAACGACUGGAAGUACUACAAAGCGUACGAUAAGUCACUUCGAGCCAGGACCGAUAUAUCCCAGGGCGCCGGGUGUGUUCUGGCAGAAGACCUUGCAAAGAGAGUUGUAAAAAUGGUUCUUAAGAAGAACCCUCCAGCCUGGUUCGCUUAUGGCCAGUUCACUGCUGUUUUGACAAUCUUGUACUAUGUCCCACUGUGGUUCAGAGAUUACUUCUACAAGCUGGUCAUGAAAGUAUAAACAACCUUGGAAGAUAGUAGUCGCGUGAACGAAGGGAAUUGCCGCUGAGAUCCCAAUUUCAUUCAUGCUA